ACUGCGAAAUGCCCUUCAGAGGAACGCACUGAGGCGUGAUAUCACUCAAGAGAACUACAAUUCCCAUGAUGCAACACAGCAUAUCGUUUAUAGGACCCGGAAGAAAUGCGCAAUUGAUGGUGUGGUUUUGCAACAGAUAUUCACUCUGAAAAACAGCUAUAGAUGAGAUUAUGGCAUCUUCCCCUAAAGUAAAGAGAACUACUAAGCCUAGAGAUGGUGUACAAAAUCUCCUCAGAUCCCAGAAGGAUGCCUAUGCAAGACUUCUGAAUCAGCAUCAGAAUGGCAAGUUUCGUUCUUACUUGCAAGAGUUAGCGAAGCAGCAGGUGGAGGAGAGCAUGAGUACAUCAGUUAGCAGGUCUGUGAAUGUUGUGAGCAGGAGAAAAAAGGGCAAUUCAGAGUCAUCUUAUUCUGUUGAUAGCUUAUCCUCUCAACAGAGUAGGCAGAUAGCUGAUGCCUCCAUCUGUUUGUACACGGACAAAACCAGCUAUCAGGUGACAUGCACUGAAGACCAGGGCAUAAAGCCUGGCAUGCAGGAAAAGCAUGCCAUAAUGGAGCUACAUAAGGCUACUGCACCCAAAAAGGUACCCUCAAAACUGCAACACAAGAGAAAUGAAAAAGACAUCAAAAUGAGCUCAAAUCUGAUGGGAUCUGAGGAAGGUGACAGUCAACAGUUGAGCUGUUCGUGUGGGGAGGAACAAGCAAAGAACAAAUCAAAGAAGAGAUUAAAAGGAAAUUUAGCGAAAAAAGACGAGGGGGAAUGUGGUCCUGAAGUUGACCUCAUUAUUGCUGGGAAAUCACCAAAUAAAAACAUCAAAUCUUCUCAAAUUCAAGCAUCAAAGGAAAGCUUACCACAAAACAAUAAAGAUAAAGGCACUAAAGGUGGUAGAGGGUUCCGGAAGCAACUGUUUGAGCACUACAUGUGCACUGAGGAUGUUUCUGCAGGCCUGGAAAGAGGAGAACUCAUAAAGGGAGUACUGAGAAUAAACCCUAAGAAGUACAUGGAAGCUUUUGUCCCGUCUCCUGAUGGGUCAGCUGAUAUCUUUCUGGAUGGGAUUGCAGCUCGUAACAGGGCUCUCAAUGGAGAUGAUGUUGUGGUGAAAGUCCUCCCCUCUGAACAGUGGAAGGUACUUUAUCAAAAUGUACUUAAAUUUUGACAGGUAAGUAAUUGGGAACUUAUUCAAUAAUUUGAAGUUCUCUACCCAUCUAUUAAUGACUUCCUGACAUGGAUUAUAACUUCGGGAGCAGAACAAUUUAUUACCUCACAUAACUCAUUGCUAAUUGUUAUGGCUAAUUGUGCCGUGAUUAUUUCCCGAGAAA